ACCCCCGGAGCCCCGCCCCGUCGCGGCCGGGGCGCUCGCCCGCGACUCUCCACAGCGCCCGGGGCCAGUAGUGCGGCGCAGCCAUGUCGGGCCCGGCGCGUGCGCGCCCCUUCCUGCUGCUGCUCGCGCCCUUCGUGCUCCUGAUCUUCACCUGCACCCCAUCCACUGCAGCAGUAUGCAAUCAGACAGCUUGCCCUAUCGACUGCUCCGGGAUCAAAGGGGAACUAGGAGACCCGGGCCCGCCGGGCCCUCCGGGAUCCCAGGGAAACUACGGUGAGGACGGCCCCGAGGGCCGCCAAGGGCCCCCUGGAGAAAUUGGCGACAGAGGAGAACCCGGAGAUAUAGGAGACAAAGGAGAGCGGGGUUCAGAUGGACCAUACGGACGAAUGGGGUUCCCUGGAAAUGAUGGAUCGCAAGGACCGAUUGGUGUUCAAGGCCUCCCGGGUUUGGAUGGUUGCAGUGGUUUUGACGGUACUCCAGGGCCACCGGGCCCUAUUGGAUUUCCUGGAGAGAGAGGUCAACCUGGGCUGCCAGGAGAAAAAGGCCCGCGAGGUAUGGCAGGCGACGGAGGAGCCAACUCGAGAGGCACGAAAGGAGACAGGGGCGAGAAAGGAUUUCCUGGUUCAUUCGGGUUACAAGGACCUAGAGGCUAUGCUGGUGAACCUGGCUUACCCGGUGAAGAUGGCGAAGAGGUACCGACAUCUUUUACCGCAUUGGUUUCAUUUAAUCUUAAUUUCAUACUACCCAUUUACCAAAUUCCUAGUUCCAAACUGCCUGAAUAUCAGAAUGGUCCACCGGGACCUCGAGGAAACCCAGGUAGCUGGGGAGCACCCGGCGAAGACACCGUAGGACCUAAAGGUGACAGAGGAGAUGUUGGUCCCGAUGGCGAGCCUGGAUCAAAGGGUACCGUUAUAUACGUGGGCAGAGACGAAGUGCGAUAUAACGUUACCAUCAUAUCCAAGGGAUUUAAAGGCUACAGAGGAGAAAGUGGAGAUAGAGGAGAUAAAGGUGGACAGGGAGAACCUGGAGCAAGAGGCCUAAACGGGCCUUAUGGUACACGCGGGCCGCAAGGCUACAAAGGCGAAGAAGGUGAAGAAGGGCCUAGAGGAAAACCUGGUCAUCGUGGUGCACCAGGCCCGGACGGUCCAAAAGGAGACAAAGGUGCUCCCGGAUAUGCAGGGCAAGAUGGAAAUGACGGGCUACCCGGAGAGCCAGGAGAAGACGGAAGACCGGGAGUCCCGGGAGAACAGGGAUUCCAAGGACCUAAAGGAGUGUUCGAUGAAUCUUUUAGCGAGCCAUUAAAAAGGGGUGCACCGGGUCCCCAGGGUCCUAAGGGUGAAACCGGAUUUAUGGGAUAUCCUGGUUUGGACGGCGAACCUGGGCCUCCUGGUAUAGUGGGACCAACUGGACCACCGGGACCUCCAGGAUUCUCGGGUCGCGAGGGUAACCCUGGAAUAUCGCCUAAAGGUGAAACCGGCAGUAGUGGCUUCCCUGGCGCGCAAGGACCUCGAGGCUUACCUGGUAACCCGGGCCGACAAGGAUCUGCCGGACCUAAGGGUUUCGCAGGCAAUACAGUGAAGGGUGAACCCGGUGAAGCUGGCGUGCCGGGUUUAGAUGGAUUGCCUGGCCUUCGAGGAGAUAUUGGUGAUACUGGAUUUAGAGGGCCACCAGGUUAUCCUGGAACAGGAGUUUACGGAGCCGGGCCACCUGGAGAAGACGGAAGGCCUGGCCGGCCCGGAGAAGUGGGUGACCCUGGUGAUCCCGGUAUACCAGGAUAUUACGGACCUAAAGGACAACGUGGUGAUGACUGUCCAUUUUGCCAGUCAGGGGCACCUGGUCCUAGAGGAGCCCGAGGAGAGCCAGGCAACCGUGGGCCGGAUGGUUUACGAGGCCCCGAAGGUUUACCCGGGCCCCGAGGAACAAUGGGCGAAAAAGGAACAGACGGAUUGCCCGGACUGAAGGGCAGCAAAGGAACUGACGGGCCGCCUGGUUCCCGAGGACGAAAAGGUUUUGCUGGUGCGCCCGGUAUACUACAAAGGGAAUCUUUUGCUCUUACUAUUGCCGACGCCGGUCCCCCGGGCGACACAGGCUUUAUCGGCGAACCUGGCAUUCCUGGCGAUCAAGGCAUGCCCGGCUUCCCUGGUCUCCCGGGACCACAAGGCAUGAAGGGCCAAUCUGGCGAUAUGGGAUGGCCUGGUCUGCGUGGGCGAGACGGUCUGAAUGGCAGUGACGGCUUGCCUGGGCGGCGUGGCAUGGAUGCGAACGCAUACUACAUUCAUUUUCUUCAGGGACAAAAAGGAGAACCAGGCGUCAAAGGUCUACCCGGUUUGCCAGGUGACGACGGCCCUGUCGGAGAAACAGGAGAAGCCAUUGGGAAUGAAUUUAAUGUCAAAGGGGAGAAAGGUUUCACAGGACUACCAGGAUUUCAAGUAUAUCUAUGUUGGUGUUUAGGAGAACCUGGGCGAAAAGGAGAAAGAGGGACUACAGGUUUGGACGGAUACCCUGGCGAAAAAGGCGAUCAAGGUUUUAAUGGAAUUAGCCAACGCGGUGAAAAGGGCAUAAAAGGAAUAGCAGGAGAAAAGGGUGACUGGGGCCUUUACGGAGAACCCGGGCUUCCCGGACAGAAAGGAGAUGCAGGUUUCCCCGGAAUCCCUGGACUAAAAGGAUUCCGCGGUGACGCGGGUCUUCCAAUCAUACCUGGGGAGCCAGGAUUUCCCGGCAAUCGAGGCAUCGUGGGUGACCAAGGAGAACCCGGUUAUAUGGGAAUUCCUGGUCGUCCUGGUCAAAUGGGGUCGAAAGGAGAACAGGGAUUACCUGGAGAGCCAGGUCCAAGAGGACCAAUGGGAUCCCAAGGACGUAAGGGCAUGGAAGGAGUCGUCGUCCAGGGUGCACCAGGCAUACCGGGGCGUAAUGGCCCAAAAGGGUUGCCUGGUAUUGCAGGAACCCCAGGCCUUCCAGGCGAACCUGGUCUGCCUGGUAUUGAUGGUCCAGAUGGGAUAAAAGGAGAGGCUGGCAAAAAAGGUUUCCGUGGUCUAACAGGUUUACCUGGUAAAGGCGGAGCAUUUGGCUUCCCGGGCUUAAAAGGUAAACGGGGACUCCCAGGAGAAAAUGGAGAUUAUGGCGACGUUGGUCUACCCGGAGAAGUAGGUACACCAGGCAGACAGGGCAUGCAAGGUCCAACUGGUAUUAAAGGAGGAAGAGGUGACUCUGGAUAUAUGGGUCGCAUGGGAUUACCGGGUCCGGGUGGAAUUAAAGGAGACAGAGGUGAUUAUGGCUUUACGGGACCGAAAGGAGAACCUGGUGAAAGUAGUUUCAGUGGACUGAAAGGUGAUAUGGGUGAUCAAGGAGCGAUGGGUUUUCCUGGUGAGCCAGGCUUAGAUGGGUUAAUAGGUCCAAAAGGUGACGCUGGAGAUAAUGGUUUUGUUUAUAGCGGAGGCCCUGGUCCUAAAGGCGAAAAGGGUAACAAUGGACUAUAUGGACCACCUGGAGAACGUGGCCGUAAAGGUAUAUCGGGAGAAAUUGGUCUUACAGGAGAGCGUGGUGAAAUAGGAGAUAAAGGUUUUCCUGGACAACCUGGGAAACCAGGAAGAAAUGGUUUAAAUGGUCUGAAAGGAGUGAAAGGUUCAAUUGGAUUCCCUGGAUUUUCUGGUGGUAAAGGAGAAAAGGGCUUCCGUGGGCGACCAGGAAGACCCGGAAAUGCUGGUUUAGACGGCUUACCCGGUUUACAAGGUUUACCAGGCGAGAGAGGACGACCGGGAUCGCCGGGAGAAAGAGGUGAGCCGGGAUUGAUCAGUUAUGGGCACGGUACCAAAGGAGACAUAGGAGACGUCGGGUUGGAUGGUAUCCAGGGAAACCCCGGAGAAAUAGGUACACCCGGAUAUCCUGGGCAAAAAGGUAUUAAAGGUCAACGUGGAGAAAUGGGUUAUCGAGGUCAGGAAGGUGAUCACGGUCUCCCUGGUCGAAAAGGUGAGACUGGCAACCAGGGGCCUCCAGGUAUGCCAGGUUUGCGUGGUUUAAAUGCUGGAAGAGGUGAACCCGGUACACCUGGUAUUGAUGGCCUGGAUGGAUGGUAUGGAGCGAUGGGACAAAAGGGGGCUCCAGGAGAAUAUGGCUUUGACGGCCCUCGAGGCAAGCCAGGUGUUCCAGGCCUCGUCUUUCAUGGUCCCAAAGGAAUAAAGGGUAAUCAAGGUGCAACAGGCAACCGAGGAUUCUCAGGAGCACCCGGAGAAGUAGGAUUACCAGGACCUACGGGUCUCAGUGGAGAAAAAGGAGAUAAAGGUGAAGUCGGAUAUAUAAUAAACCCAAAGGGAAUGUCAGGAGAUGUAGGAUGGCCAGGUACUGAAGGACUUGCAGGAAGAAAAGGAGAGAGGGGCAAUGAUGGCAGAAAUGGCUAUAUUGGUAGGCGAGGCGCUCCUGGCUUAAAAGGAUUUGAGGGAGAUGUGGGAAUUCCGGGUGAAAAAGGAAGUCUAGGACUAAAAGGCAUAAAGGGUGAAAGGGGUGAUGUUGUCGCAGCCUCACAAAUUAUACCAGGUCCGCAAGGUGACAUUGGCUUCCCAGGAGUUGAUGGUUAUAAGGGAGAACCAGGUAGACCAGGAGCACCAGGAAGAAGUGGCUACCAUGGCAUAAAAGGAGAAAAGGGAGACAUUGGUUUCCAAGGAUUCCCUGGUUUGCCGGGACCACCGGGACUUCAAGGACAAAAAGGCAUCCGUGGUUUCAGAGGCGAGGAUGGUACCCGCGGGCGCGCAGGGAUACCUGGUAUACCGGGCCCUCCACCACCGGUCCCGAAAUCAAGAGGCUAUUAUUUCGCAAUACAUUCACAAAGUAGUAUGAUUCCACAGUGUCCGCCUGGAUCUAAUCCUCUGUGGGAUGGCUUCUCACUGAUGCAUAUCGUUGCUAACGGCAAAGCAAAUGGACAGGAUCUUGGUGCACCGGGUAGCUGCUUGCGUAGAUUCACUACGAUGCCCUAUAUGUUCUGCAACCUGAACAGUGUAUGCAACUUUGCGGAACGAGAGGACUACAGUUACUGGCUGUCGACUAAUGAAGCCAUGCCGAUGGACAUGACUCCCAUUCGAGGAAACUCCAUCGGACCUUAUAUAUCAAGGUGCCAAGUGUGUGAAGCACCAACGAGGGCUAUAGCACUACACAGCCAAACUACAAUAGCGCCGUCCUGUCCAAACGGCUGGGAAGAACUGUGGCAGGGAUACAGUUUUUUGAUGCACACAGCGGGAACCGAUGCAGCUGGACAAAGUUUGGUCUCUCCCGGGUCUUGUAUGCGAGAGUUCCGUAUCCGCCCCUCCAUAGAGUGCAACGGUUUGGGUCGGUGCAACUACUUCGCGAUGGGAAUUGGCUUCUGGCUUUCUACUAUUGAAGAUAACAAGAUGUUCGCAAAACCAGACCAAGAGACGCUUAAAUCUGACCAUAUCAGGAAAGUUAGCAGAUGUUCUGUCUGUAUGAGGCGCUGGCCCGCCGCGUCUAGCCAACAGCAAGGCGACAUAAGGGCCGUGCCCAACGCUGUCGUGAGGCAGAACCCGAGGUAUCCUCCGUACGGCCGCCGGCCCGGCUACCCCUACCAAGGAACCAGAAGGCGCGUCGCCGGCUGGCGGAACCGACGUCGCCAGGAACACCCGGGCUCAUAAUCGAACGAUUUUUGUAGAAAUAUAAUAUAGAACUCGUGUCUUUUUCGAAACACUUAUUUACACCGUUAAUCAUUUUCAUUCGGAAAAACAGUGGUACCGAUAGGUGAGCAAGAUUUGAAAUACAUUAUUAAAUACCAAA